UGUGUUUCAGAACAAACUCGUGGACCAGUGCGAGCGGCUGCAGCUGCAGAGCGCUGCCAUCGCCAAGCACGUGGCCGAGGUGCUGCCCGCCAAGAGCCAGAGCGUCCUGACUGCGGCCAAUGGGGCACGAGAGUUGGUCAUCCAGAGGCUGAUGUUUGUAGGAAAGGUGUGUGAAAAUGAAGAACAGCGGUUACUGGAGAACGUACAUGCAGAGGAGGAGCGGGUGCACCAGAGCAUCCUGACUCAGCAGGUGCACUGGACUGAGGCUCUGCAGAAGUUGGAUGCCCUACGAACCUACCUGGUGGACAUGAUCACCAACCUGGAUGACCAGGGCUUGGUGCGUGCAGAAAAAGAGAUCUUCGAGAGGGCAGAGGUGGCGGAGGGAAUCUUGGAGCCGCAGGAGUCUGUGAAGUUAAACUUUAAUCAGCAGUGUGUUCAGAGUCCACUGCUGCACCGGCUGUGGGCCUCUGCUGUUCUCUCCUGCAUCACAGGCUCUCAAGAAAUUCACAUUGACGAGAAAACUGUCAGCCCCCACCUGAGCCUGUCGGAAGACAAGAAAACCCUGACCUUCAGCCCCAAGAAAGCAAAGCUGGACUUGGACUGCCCUGACCGAUUUGACCACUGGCCCAACGCUUUGGCUACCACAGCUUUCCAGACAGGGCUCCAUGCGUGGAAGAUCAGCGUGGAGAAGAGCUGCGCCUACAAGCUGGGGGUUUGCUACGGCUCGCUGCCACGGAAGGGGUCUGGCAACGAGGUCCGCCUGGGCUUCAACGCUGCCUCCUGGGUCUUCUCGCGCUAUGACAAGGAGUUCAGGUUCUUGCACGCAGGUCAGCCCCAGCCUGUGGAGCUGAUCAAGUCCCCGGCCGAGAUCGGCGUGCUGGUUGACUUUGCAGGAGGGGAGGUGCUCUUCUACGACCCUGACUCCUGUGCCAUCCUCUUCUCCCACAGGGAGACCUUUGCGGCACCGCUCUAUCCCGUCUUUGCAGUGGCGCACCACAGCAUCUCGCUCGUCCAGUGAGCGAAGCGUUGCGCUCGCUGAUGGGGCAUGAAUAGAUGGUUGUAUGUGCAGGGAUUGUAUACACAACACACAGUGCCUUCAUGUGGUGAAAGCUGCCCAGGCUGGGCUACCAGCUCGCACGCAGUGGUCAGGAAAGACCUGCCUUCAACCUGUCUGUUCUCUUGUUUUACAACAGCUUUCCUCUCCUCCUUGAGGCUACCCCAUACCUGAUGUGUGCCCUUCGGGACCCCAGUAUUACCCUGUAGCAGGGACCUUUGGGGAAAACCAGCAUCAGUCCCUGUGUCCUCUCCACACAGUGCCAGCCUUCCCGAGCCCUGGGGGAUGCCACUGGUGCGUGCAGGUGUGCAAGCCGAUGGCCCUGAGCAUUGCAGCUCUGCCACAACCCCCCUGUGCUGGGAGCAGACUGCGCUGCAGCUGUAACGUGCUGCUGAUGGCACUGCUUGGGCCAAAGGCUUUUGUGAUCUCCCCUUAGCUUCAGCACUGCUGGCUGGGCUGCAGGGCUGGGAGAGGAGCUGGGUGGUGCAAAGCUCCUGCUCUGCAACAGUGGUUCCUGCUGAGCCCAGCUCAGUGGGGGGGAACCUUGGUCCCAACACUGCAUUUUGCUCAUUGUGGAGCUAGAGAGCCAAAUUGUGAAAGCAGCUGUGCUGCAGCAUGGGAUCAGCGUAACACCUGGCUCUGCCAGCCCUUUUCAGGUGAAUCAUUUAAUUCCUCUGCAGAACAAGGGCUUCUUUCCAGCCCUGGCAGGGGGAGGAGCACAGGCAGGGGGCAAUUCAUGCUGCAGGAAUGAAAAACCUUCAGUAAAGGUUUAAAUUUGAUGGUGGGGUUAAAAAAUAAAAAUCAGGGGAAUAAGUAUGGAAAAACAACAGGGAGGAGGCACAUAGCAAGGAACGCUGUUGGGGACGCUCUGGGCAGGAGGCACUCUGUGCUGCAGGAAGGAUGCUACCAGGUGGGGCUGUCACCCAUGGGGGACACACAUUGGAGUGGUGACAUCCCAAGGGGACUGUGGCCCAUGGAGGCUCCCAUGCCAGAGCGAAUGAAUGGAAAGUAACCACUAGCGCUGACCUAAACUGAGCUGCUUGUUGCUCACCACAGGGAUGGAGAAGGCCGUGUGUAAUGCAGUGAAAACAGGUGGUUGCUAUUAGGAGGGGAGAGAGGUGUUGGACUGACGUCGCUGUUGGGUGAAGGGGAAGGAAGGUGUUUUCCUGGUGUUUAAAAUUUGUCAUCUAUUUCUCAAUAUCCAAAUUAAUAAUUAAAAGUUUUUUUGCCAGUAUGUUAAACUAAAGAGA